UAUGAAAAUGGAGGACACCGACAUACGAAGUGGUGUUAAGUAGCCAAAAAAUACAAAAAUAUUAAGAGCAUCUGUGUAUUUUUUCUUAGAUCCUCUUUUGGGGAAAUACUAUACCCAUAGAUAGAUAUUAUUCAUUUGUGAAAUCACCGACGGAAUUUUGUACAAUUCAUUAAUUUGCGCCUCACAAAACGUAAACAUGGCGCUGGAAAGAGCUAAGUAUGUGGAAACUCCCAUACAGAGUUGCAGCAAAACUAGGGGACUCCCUGGUUUGCCACCUCUACCAGGGCAUGUGGAGGAACCAUCUGAUCUAUAUAAGAUUGUCUUGAGGAAUAGUGAACAUCCUCCAAUCAUGAAAGGAACAUCCUGGACCCUGGCUGCACCAUUUAAGGAGGAAAAAUUCCACAGAACACCCAGUGAAUCCAUAGCAAACAACUACACACCCUCAGCCAGUGAUUUAAAGUUAAAGGAUUUACCCAAACUGACAAGAACAAAGACAAAAUUAAAUGCACUAAAAAGUCCCAGAACUUCAAAUGGUCUUCCAGGAAGAAGCAAAACAAUGGUGGACAAAAACCAAAUGAAUGGUCACAAUGGAAUUGACAAAAAUGGCUACUCCUUGAAUGGGCAUGAAGUCUUGCCUGAUAUUCAGGAGUUACCUCCCAGCCGACCCAUGACCCCAAAUGAACAGAUGGAUAUAAUGAGAGCAAUAGAGGAUGAAGUUAUACAAGAAACAGGGAUACCCUCAGAAAGAGAUGAACAGAGAUAUUAUUACUACAUAGAAAAAGGGAUCAAGAGAUCCAUGCUAGCUCCACAGGAUCCAGAAGUUAUGAAAAAUGUGAAGAAGCUAAUUCCAGAGAGACUCUGCACAAGUCUUGAGUUAAAAUGGCUGAACGAGGAUCUGUCUGAAGAGGUCAACAAUGAUUAUGAAUUCAGUCUCAGGAAAGCCAUUGUUGACUACAUAUUGAAGGAUCCCAAAGAAAAAGAGAGGCUUCACAUUAAAUGGACUCCAUUGCCUUUUCCUCAGAGGAUAAUUCGUGCUCCUGUCCCGUGGCAUGAAACAUACAGAGAGAGGAAGGAUUAUAACACAAACCACUUGUUUAUCACAAAUGCCAUCAUGCAGGAGCUACAAAAUAUUUGGUUUGACCAGUUUAGUGAUUUGAGAUUUGUGAACCUGAAGGAGUUGAUGGAGGCUGAUCUCCCUUUGUUGCCAUCAGAAUUUGAAUCCUUGGUCAAAAAACAGUGCUGGGAUGCCCAUGAAGUGCUCAGGAAAAAUUGGAUUCCAACAUGUGCCAAAGUGUUUCUGGAUAAGAAUGAGCUUUGGCAGCACCUAGUCCCUCCUGGUGCCGAUGAUUCCACAGAGCUUGUGGAGGAGUUUUUUGCCUGUGUGGCUGCCCUCAUGUCAAUUCAGCUCCGAAGCAUGGUCAUUAACUCUCUUGCAGAUUUCCUCUCAUUUUUUGCUAUCCACAAGGAGGGAAAUGAAUUUGGUGAUGUGUUUGAUGAGCUGCAGUAUGUACAGACACAGAUCAUGAUCAUUAAACUGAGGGUGGAGGAGCCCAAGAUCGUGUUUGACCCACCCUUCAGGGAGAUUAGGGACAUCAUCCUUAGAUGUUUCUCAGAGAUCAUUGCCAGUGGGGAGGGGCUCACAAGGGUUGAAUGUGAACUUUUCCCAGACAUGAGGUCUGCUACCCCCAAGCUUCUUCUCCGCAGUGUCAAGAUAGAUGAGGGUCUUGUUACAGACUAUGUAGAUAAAGCUAUGGAAAUCUUCAAGCACAAUACAGUAGGACCUCAAAAGUAUCUGAACACAUACAAGAAAUACUCAGAUCUGCUGAACAACAAUGCAGACCAAGAUGUGUCUGCUUUCCUGAGGGAGACUCACUCCAUAGAGGCAUUUAAAAAGAAAAUAAACAGUUUCCAGGACUUGAAGGAUGAGAUCUCAUUACUAAGGAUAACUGUUCCCCUCAGCAUGUUCUGUCUGGACUGCCAGAACCUCAACCAGGACCUCUGUGCACGUGCUCAGAGACUCAAAGAGAGGCUCAUCAUAUUUGAGGUGGAUGAAAACAGGGAACUGAACAGAGGAAUUUGCCGUCGCUAUGAUGAGAUGGCGGAGAAGGUCAGUGAUGUUCCUGAUACAACAGAGGAAAUUGUGGCAUUGCAGGAGUACCUCAAAACGUCCUCUGAUGUGACGGUUUACAAGCUGAAAGAUGAAAUUGAGGAUGCUGCCAGUCGCCUUAUGUUCCUCUUGGACUAUGCCAUCUUCCCAUCUGAGGAUAUAAAACUGAACAGCACAGUGUUCCACUGGCCAGAACACAUCAAGACAGUGUUUGAACUUUCCUCCUCCCGAAUUGCUAACCGUCGUGACCACAUUGAGGAGGAUCUUAGAAAGAGAACUGUGGCUUUUGAGGAGAAACUUAAUGACUACAUGAAGGAGGUGGAAUCAUUCAAAAAGAAAGAGUUUUUGAGUGAAGAAGCUAUGAGAAAUAACACAGAACAACUGGCCACCAUUAAUGAGAACUUGGAGCGAGCUCGAGAGGAACUUGAACAGAUCAACUUAGAAGAACAGCUUCUAGAAUGGGAGCAGAGUUCCUUCCCUAACCUACAGGCCAUGUUUGCUCUGAAGGAGCCAUAUGAGAGAUUGUGGAACACAGCAUACCAGUUCCACCAGAAACAUGAACAAUGGUUGAAUGGACCAUUCCAGAAUCUGAAUUCAGAAGAAAUUGAGAGUGAUGUUGGAGAUAUGUGGAGAACCAUGUACAAGCUAACCAAACAGUUCAAUGACCAGGCUGGGCCUAGACGUGUUGCUGACACAGUCAAAAAUAAGGUGGAUAAAUUCAAACAGCACCUGCCAAUUCUAAACACCAUCUGCAACCCUGGUAUCAGAGAUAGACAUUGGGAGAUGAUGAGUAACAUUGUCGGAACUGACAUCAAACCACAAGCAGAAACCUCCCUUAAUAACAUGCUGGAGUUUGGUUUGGCCAAGCACCUUGCUAGGUUGGAGGAGAUUGGAGCAGCAGCUGCCAAGGAACAUUCUCUGGAGAAGGCACUGGAGAAGAUGAAGUUGGAAUGGAAAGACAUGAUGUUUGAAAUGAUUCCAUACAGAGAAACUGGGGUGUCUAUUCUGACUGCUCCAGAUGACAUCCAAGUGUUGUUAGAUGACCACAUUGUAAAGGCCCAAACAAUGAGAGGGUCUCCGUUCAUCAAACCAUUCGAGCAGGAGAUGAAGGAAUGGGAGGAGAAGCUUGUCUCCAUGCAGGACAUCUUAGAUGAAUGGCUUAAGUGCCAGGCCACCUGGUUGUACCUAGAGCCCAUUUUCAGCUCUGAGGAUAUCCUAGCUCAGAUGCCCGAGGAGGGUCGUAAGUUUGGAAUUGUGGACAGUUACUGGCGUGACAUCAUGACAGAGGCUGUGAAAGACACACACUGUCUCGUAGCCACAGACCAGCCUAACAUGUUGGGCCGAUUCCGUGAUGCCAAUGUUCUGCUGGAGGAAAUUCAGAAGGGACUCAAUGCUUACUUGGAGAAAAAACGUCUCUACUUCCCAAGAUUCUUCUUCUUGUCCAAUGAUGAACUGUUGGAAAUUCUGUCUGAGACCAAAGAUCCAAUGAGAGUACAGCCUCACUUAAAGAAAUGUUUUGAGGGUAUCAGUCGACUCGAUUUCAAUGAUGCACAAGAAAUUCUUGGCAUGGUGUCUGCUGAAAAUGAAAUUGUGCCAUUCAAUACCAAAAUCAUUCCAGCCAAAGCAAAGGGUAUGGUGGAGAAAUGGCUCCUACAGGUGGAAGAUGUCAUGAUUAGCAGUCUCAGGAAGGUGAUCAUAGACUCCAACGAGGCUUACUCUAACACUCCCCGAAAUCGCUGGGUCCUCGAGUGGCCCGGACAGAUCGUAAUCUGUGUCAGUUCUAUCUACUGGACUGCUGAAGUCACAGAAGCCAUGAAAAAGAAAAAUGGAUUGGACGAUUAUCUUCAAGUUUGUAAUGGUCAGAUUGACCAGAUUGUCCAGCUGGUGAGAGGAAAGUUAGAGUCUGGACACAGGGUGACCCUGGGAGCUCUCACUGUCAUAGAUGUACACGCUCGAGACACAGUAAAGGAAAUGGCAGCUGCCAAAGUCUCCAACCCCAAUGAGUUUAUGUGGCUGGCUCAGUUACGUUACUACUGGGAAAAUGAUGUCAUUGUUAGAAUGAUCACCACAGACAUUAAGUACGGCUAUGAGUACCUGGGAAAUUCCGGGCGUCUGGUCAUCACCCCCCUCACUGACAGGUGUUACAGAACAUUGAUGGGAGCCUUGAAACUGAAUCUGGGUGGUGCUCCUGAGGGACCUGCCGGAACAGGGAAAACAGAGACCUGUAAAGAUCUGGCCAAGGCUGUGGCUAAACAGUGUGUAGUAUUCAACUGCUCAGAUGGUCUGGAUUACAAAGCCAUGGGUAAAUUCUUCAAGGGUCUGGCCCAGGCUGGCGCAUGGGCUUGCUUCGAUGAGUUCAACAGAAUUGAGCUUGAGGUACUGUCUGUGGUGGCUCAGCAGAUUGCCAGUAUCCAGCAGGCUGUAGCAGCUAACCUGAAGCGCUUCAUAUUUGAGGGGACAGAACUCUCUUUAGAUCCUACCUGUACACUCUUUAUCACCAUGAACCCUGGUUAUGCUGGACGACAGGAACUUCCAGAUAACCUAAAGGUCUUGUUUAGAACUGUGGCUAUGAUGGUUCCUGACUAUGGAAUGAUUGGUGAAAUCUCACUGUACUCCAUGGGUUUCAUUGAUGCCAGAAGUUUGGCCAAUAAGAUUGUGGCUGUGUACAAACUGUGCUCUGAGCAGUUGUCCUCCCAGCACCACUAUGACUACGGUAUGAGAGCAGUCAAGUCUGUACUGACUGCAGCCGGAAACCUGAAACUUAAACAACCAGACGAAGAUGAGCCUGUCCUUCUUUUGAAGGCCAUUAUGGAUGUCAAUCUGCCCAAGUUCUUGGCUCAGGAUGUUCCCCUAUUUGAGGGUAUUAUCUCCGACUUGUUCCCGGGAGUGGUGUGUCCCAAGCCAGACUAUGGUGUAUUUAUGGAAGCCUUGAAAGAAAACACAAGGAAGAGAAAAUUACAGUGUGUUCCAUGGUUCUUAGACAAAAUUAUCCAGGUAUAUGAGAUGAUUCUGGUACGUCAUGGUCUUAUGAUUGUUGGAGAGCCCUUGGGAGGAAAAACAAAGGGCUACCAGGUCCUUGCUGAGGCCCUCGGGGAUCUUCAGACCUCAGGACUCUAUGAGGAAUUCAAAACUGUGUACCGCAUCAUCAACCCCAAAGCCAUCACUAUGGGACAGCUUUAUGGAUGCUUUGAUCCAGUAUCACAUGAAUGGACAGAUGGUGUUUUGGCCAACACCUUCCGAGAGUAUGCCAGCAAUCCUAACACAGACAGGAAGUGGAUUCUGUUUGAUGGCCCUGUGGAUGCCGUGUGGAUUGAGAACAUGAACACAGUACUGGAUGACAACAAAAAGCUCUGUCUUAUGAGUGGAGAGAUCAUCCAAAUGAGCAACAAGAUGAACUUGAUCUUUGAGCCAGCCGACUUGGAGCAGGCAUCUCCAGCCACAGUCAGUCGCUGUGGUAUGAUUUAUCUGGAGCCCCACCAGAUGGGAUGGAGGCCCUUCAAAGAGUCUUACAUGCAAUAUGAGCUCCCCGAGCAGCUUUCUCAGGAGAACCGAGACAUGGUCAAUGAUCUGUUUGAAUGGUUGAUUGAUCCCUGCUUGGACUUUAUUAGACAUCACUGUAAGACAUUUGUGAAUGCCUCUGAGAUGCACCUUGUUCAGUCACUGAUGAGACUGUACACUUGUCUCCAGGACGAAAUUCGGGCCACACUUGAGCAUGUCCCAGCAGAGGGUGAUGAACCUAAUCCAAAUGCUCUGUCAAACCAACAGAUUACCCUAUGGAUGCAAGGAAUGUUCUUAUUCUCCCUUAUCUGGACAGUGGGAGGUACCAUGGAUGGGGAUUCUCGUAAAAAGUUUGACUCCUACUUCAGGAACAUUGUCAGUGGCACAGACCCUGAUCAUCCUAAACCUAAGAGCUGUAAAAUCUCUAAGAGUAAUAUGAUUCCUGAGAGAGCCACCAUUUUUGACUUCUGCUUUGAGAAGAAAGCUAGUGGCAACUGGUGUGAUUGGAUGGACACCAUUGAUAAGUCCACACUGGCCAUUUCUCCUACAGCCAAGGUCAGUGAGCUGAUUAUCCAGACAGCUGAAACUGCUCGCCAGGUCUACUUCUUACAAACUUACCUAACACAUGAACAGCCGAUGUUGUUUGUGGGCCCCACUGGUACUGGAAAGUCUGCCAUUACCAACAACUACCUACUGACACUUCCUAAGGAUGUAUAUAUUCCUAACUGCAUCAACUUCUCGGCUCGAACCUCAGCCAACCAGACACAAGGCAUCAUCAUGUCCAAGUUAGACAGGAGGAGAAAGGGGGUGUAUGGCCCUCCCAUGGGGAAGAAGUCUGUGGUGUUUGUGGAUGACCUAAACAUGCCUGCUAAAGAGAAGUAUGGUGCCCAGCCCCCUAUAGAACUGCUGAGGCAGUGGUUAGACCACACCCAUUGGUAUGAUCCCAAGGACACUACUAAACUCUUCCUCACUGAUGUGCUGUUUGUAUCAGCUAUGGGACCUCCUGGAGGAGGGAGAAAUGACAUCACAAGUCGUUUCACUCGUCACCUCAACAUGGUCUCCAUUGAUGAAUUUGAUGAUGCUACCCUGACUAGAAUCUUCACCAACAUUACUGACUGGCACUUUGGAAAGGGAUUUGAAGGAUCUUUUGUCAGAAAUGGAAAGUUACUUGUGGCAGCCACUAUGGCAGUUUAUAAAGAUGCCGUGGCAAGCUUCUUGCCAACUCCCACAAAGAGUCACUAUGUGUUUAACUUGAGAGACUUUGCUCGUGUGAUUCGUGGAGUGUUGUUGGUGCCUCAUGAAAAGAUGUCCGAGAUAGAUAAAUUACACAGACUUUGGGUUCACGAGGUUUACAGGGUAUUCUAUGAUCGUCUCAUUGAUAAACAAGAUAGGGACACAUUCUUCCAAAUAGUGAAGGAGCAGUGUUCUAACCAUUUUAAGGCCAACAUAGAUAAGAUAUUGGGUCACUUGUCUAAGAGUGGCUCGGUGGUUGAUGAUAAUGUCCGUAGUUUAUUUUUCGGUGAUUACAUGACAGCAGAAGGAGCCAAGGUUUAUGAUGAAAUCACAGAUUUUAAAGAACUCUCAACUGCAAUGGAGAAUUAUUUGGAUGAGUACAAUUUGGUCAGUAAAGCUCCCAUGAAACUUGUAAUGUUCAAGUUUGCCAUUGAACAUAUUUCUCGAGUCAGUCGUGUUUUACUGCAAGACAAUGGACAUUGUUUACUUGUUGGUAUUGGAGGAAGUGGAAGACAGAGUGCUGCCAAGUUAGCAACAUUUAUGGCUGAUUAUGAUCUGUUCCAAAUUGAAAUUACUAAAAAUUAUACUACAAAUGAAUGGAGAGAAGAUUUGAAAAGGCUUCUGAUGAAGGCAGGAAGUGAAGGCAAGCCUAUUGUAUUCCUGUUUGCUGACACACAGAUAAAAUCUGAGUCCUUCAUGGAGGACAUAAGUAUGAUUCUAAACACGGGAGAUGUCCCAAAUCUGUUUGCUGCUGAUGAGAAGGCAGACCUUAUUGAGAAAAUGCAGGCUAUUGCGCGUAAUGAGGAAAAGAUAACGGGUAAGAAAAUGGAUGCCACACCUUUGACAAUGUACAACUACUUUAUUGAUCGAGUGCGACAGAACCUCCAUAUUAUUCUGGCAAUGUCCCCCAUUGGUGAUGCCUUCAGAAACAGACUACGUAUGUUCCCCUCCCUCAUCAAUUGCUGUACCAUUGAUUGGUUCCAGAGUUGGCCCUCGGAUGCUUUGGAAAUGGUGGCUAAUAAAUUCUUGGAGGAAGUUGAACUAGAGGACAAUAUACGUAAGGAAAGUGUGUCCAUGUGUAAACAUUUCCACGAGAGUGUUCAGGAACUUUCCAUAGGAUUCUUUGAAAUGUUAAGGAGACACAAUUAUGUUACUCCAACAUCAUAUCUAGAGCUUAUCAUGACAUUUAAGUCCCUGUUGGGUGUUAAACGUGACGAGAUCCAAACCCUCAGGAACAGGUACCUGACUGGUUUGGAGAAGCUGGAGUUUGCAGCUUCUCAGGUGUCAAUAAUGCAGGAAGAACUACAAGCCCUACAGCCAGAACUAAUCAAGACGUCCGCAGAAACCGAGAAACUAAUGAUAAAAAUAGAACAGGAUACGGUGGAGGUAGAAGCCAAGAAGGAAGUGGUGGCGGCUGAUGAGGCGGUGGCAAAUGAAGCUGCCGCAGCUGCUCAGGCCAUCAAGGAUGAUUGUGAGAGUGAGCUGGCGGAAGCCAUUCCAGCAUUAGAAGCAGCCAUUCAGGCUUUGAACACACUGAAACCUGCUGAUAUCACAUUGGUCAAAUCUAUGAAGAAUCCCCCAGCCCCUGUAAAGCUUGUGAUGGAAUCUAUUUGUGUCAUGCUGGGUAUAAAGUCAGAGAGGAAACCUGAUGGCACAGGAAAAAUGAUUGAGGACUACUGGGGACCAUCUCAGAAGUUGCUUGGUGACCUGAAGUUCCUUGAUCGACUCAAAGGUUAUGACAAAGACAACAUACCUGUCCCCAUCAUCAAAAAGAUCCGAGAGAAGUACAUCACUAAUCCUGAUUUUGAUCCAGUUCUGAUUAAGAAUGCCUCCACUGCCUGUGAAGGUCUCUGUAAAUGGGUCAAGGCUAUGGACAUUUAUGACAAAGUUGCCAAGGUGGUGGCUCCAAAGAAGAUCAAGCUGGCAGAAGCUGAGGGAGAACUAGCCGUUCAAAUGCAGAAACUGGACGAGAAAAGAGCUCAGCUGAAGGAGGUCACAGACAAGCUACAGGCUCUUAAUGAUGAGUUUGAAGCAAUGACUCAGAAGAAGAAGGAGUUGGAGACCAAUAUCGAUAUCUGUGAGAAGAAAUUAGAUCGUGCCGAGAAGCUGAUUGGUGGACUAGGAGGUGAGAAGGACAGAUGGACAGAGGCUGCCCGUCUCUUGGGAGAGAGAUUCACUAACAUCACAGGGGAUGUGCUGCUGUCGUCUGCUACUGUUGCUUAUCUAGGAGCUUUUACCAUCGACUUCAGACAGGACAUUGUCAGAGAUUGGCACAAACUGAGCAUCAAGAAAGAAAUCCCAUGCUCUGAGAACUUCUCCCUCAAUGGAACACUUGGAGAACCAGUCAAGAUCCGAGCCUGGAACAUUGCUGGUCUGCCUGUAGAUGCCUUCAGUGUGGACAAUGGUAUCAUUGUCAAUAGCUCCAGAAGGUGGCCUCUCAUGAUUGAUCCACAGGGUCAGGCCAACAAAUGGGUGAAAAACAUGGAGCGUAAUAACAAGCUAGGAAUCAUCAAGCUCUCCGAUGCCAACUAUCUCCGUACUAUGGAGAACUCCAUUCAGUUCGGUACGCCAGUCCUGCUAGAGAAUGUUGGAGAGGAACUUGAUCCCAUUCUGGAUCCAAUCCUCCAGAAGCUGACUUUCAGACAACAGGGUGUGGACUAUAUCAGGCUAGGAGACAAUGUGAUAGAGUACUCCAAGGAUUUCAAGCUGUAUAUCACUACCAGCUACAGGAAUCCCCAUUACCUGCCAGAAAUCUCCGUCAAGGUGUGCUUAGUGAACUUCAUGAUCACCCCACAAGGUUUAGAGGACCAGCUCCUGGGUAUUGUAGCUGCUAAAGAGAAACCAGAACUUGAAGAAAAGAAAAAUCAACUGAUUUUGGAAAGUGCUGAGAAUCAGAAGAAACUCAAGGAAAUUGAGGACAAAAUUCUAGAAGUCCUGUCCAGUUCAGAGGGGAAUAUUCUGGAAGAUGAAACAGCCAUUAAAAUCCUGUCCUCUUCCAAAAUCCUGUCAGAGGAGAUUUCUGCCAAGCAGGACAUUGCUCUACAGACAGAGAAGGAAAUUGAUGAGACGAGGAAUGGCUAUAAACCAGUGGCUAUCCAUUCCUCCAUUCUCUUCUUCUGCAUCUCUGACCUGGCCAACAUUGAGCCCAUGUACCAGUAUUCCCUAACAUGGUUCAUCAACCUGUAUUUACAGUCCAUUCAAAACAGUGCUCCCUCGGAUGACUUGGAGGAAAGAAUCUUCAACCUAAACGAUGACUUCACCAACAGUAUCUAUAGAAAUGUGUGUCGCUCACUGUUUGAGAAGGACAAGCUUCUCUUCUCCUUUGUCCUGUGUAUUGGCAUCCUCAAGGGACAAGUGUUCUUCCCAUGUGGUUCACUGCUUAGAGUAGAUGAAGAUGUAUGGAGGUUCCUGCUGACAGGGGGUGUGGCUCUAGAAAAUCCUCACCCUAACCCGGCACCAGAGUGGCUGACAGAGAAGUCAUGGGGUGAAAUUGUCAGGGCCUCAAAUCUACCAAACCUCAAAGGACUAUGGGAACAUGUCAGAGACAAUGUCAGUGAAUGGAAGAAGAUGUAUGAUUCCCUGACCCCCCAGGAUCACAAAUAUCCCUCGCCAUACGAUGUCCUGGUGGGUCUAGAUAAAAUGGUAGUCCUCAGGGUGUUCAGACCAGACAAGGUCAUCCCAGCUGUUCAGGACUUCAUUGUGGACAAUUUGGGACAGUCCUACAUUGAACCUCCGACCUUUGACCUGCCAGGGUCAUUUGCUGAUUCCAACUGCUGUGCACCACUGAUUUUUGUCUUGUCACCUGGAGCUGAUCCUAUGGCUGCUCUGUUGAAGUUUGGUGAGGAUCGGGGAUUGUCUCGAGCAGAAAACACUAUCCAGUCCAUCUCUCUAGGUCAAGGACAGGGUCCUAUUGCUGCCAAGAUGAUUGAAAAGGCCAUUGUAGAUGGUACAUGGGUGGUACUACAGAACUGUCACUUGGCAACAAGCUGGAUGCCCAAACUGGAGAAAAUCUGUGAGGAGGUUAUUAUUCCAGAGGCGACUCAUGAGCGAUUCCGACUGUGGUUAACAAGUUAUCCAAGUGACCAGUUCCCAGUAUCUAUUCUCCAGAAUGGUGUGAAAAUGACCAAUGAACCUCCCAAAGGGCUGAGGGCCAAUUUGCUGAGAUCCUACCUAAAUGACCCAAUUUCUGACCCAUCUUUCUUUGAUGGUUGUAACAAGCCUAAGAAAUUCCACAAGAUGUUAUUUGGUCUCUGCUUUUUCCAUGCCUUGGUACAGGAGAGAAGGAAAUUUGGCCCCUUAGGAUGGAACAUUCCUUACGAAUUCAACGAGUCUGAUCUUCGUAUCAGUUUACGUCAGAUGUUGAUGUUCUUGAAUGAGUAUGAUGAACUCCCCCUCCCGGCUCUGACCUACUUGACGGGAGAGUGUAACUAUGGAGGCCGAGUGACGGAUGACAAAGAUCGCCGCCUCCUCAUGUCUAUCCUCUCCAUCUUCUACACGGAACAAAUCAUCACCAACCCAGACUACAAAUUCUCUCCCAGUGGUAUUUACUAUGCCCCAGAGGAAGGCCUCCACCAGAGCUAUAUUGAUUACAUCAGGACCCUCCCCCUUAACCCACUCCCAGAAGUGUUUGGUCUUCAUGAGAAUGCAGACAUCACAAAGGACAACCAAGAAACACAGCUGUUGUUCGAUAACAUUCUUUUGACCCUCCCUCGACAAGCCAACAAGGGAGGUAAAUCAACAGCUGAAGUCAUCCAGGACCUGGCUGCAGAUAUCCUAGGAAAAUUACCAAAGGACUAUGAUAUGGAAUUUGUCAUGAAAAAAUACCCAGUGUUGUACAAUGAGUCCAUGAACACAGUAUUGAGACAGGAACUUAUUCGCUUCAACCGUCUGACAUCCGUUGUUCGCCAGUCUCUCAUUAACCUCCAGAAGGCCAUCAAAGGUCUUGUGGUCAUGUCGUCAGAGUUGGAGGAGGUGUUCCAGAGCAUGCUUAUAGGAAAAGUCCCAUCUGUAUGGGCGGCCAAGUCAUACCCCUCUCUUAAACCUCUGGGAAGCUAUAUAAAUGAUCUCAUAGCCAGAUUGAAGUUCUUCAGCGAUUGGAUUGACCAUGGUGCCCCACCCACUUUCUGGUUGUCUGGGUUCUAUUUCACACAGUCCUUCUUGACAGGUGUCUCCCAGAACUAUGCCAGAAAGUAUACCAUUCCCAUUGAUACAGUUGGCUUUGAAUUUGCAAUAUUGAAAGAAGAAAGACAUAUGGAGACCAAGCCAGAGGAUGGUGCUUACGUAUAUGGCUUGUUCCUGGAGGGAGCUCGAUGGGACAGAGACACAAUGCUGAUUGGAGAAUCCCUCCCCAAAAUCCUCUUUGAUCAAAUGCCAUGUAUCUGGUUACAGCCUAACAGAAUUGAGGACUUUGCUGAGAAGAAGACUUACCGCUGUCCAGUUUACAAGACCAGUGCUAGAAGAGGUGUUCUGUCCACCACCGGUCACUCCACAAACUUUGUGCUAUUUAUAGAACUCCCAACAGACAAAUCUCAAAAUCACUGGAUCAACCGAGGCGUGGCCAGUCUCUGUCAACUGGAUGACUGAGCAGUGAUCCGUGACUGUUGUUAUGGAAACACAGAUUUUGUUUUAUGAAGAUGCAUUCUCACAGAAUUUGUUUUUGAAACAUAGUCAUUUCAAAAAAUGUUAAAUAAUUCCAUGUCGUAUUUGUGCCAAUCCAUUACUACUUUGUUAGUUUUUAAUUUAUAACUGUAGGAGAUCCUAUAUGACAGUGAUAAUAAUGUAUAAAACUAUUAUUUUAUUUCCGUGGUAUUAUAUAUUACAUAGUCCCUGCUGAUUAAAAUGAGAUGUCUGCUGAUCCGUCCAUAUUUUUGUUAUUAUUAUUUAUAAUGUGUGUGCCUUUAUUCCUUCAACUGUUGUUACUUAAAGGUAUCAAAUUUAUUAACUGUGAAUAAACCGUCCUUGAAUUUGUAGUGUAUAUCCAUGCCUUAAUUGUAAUUGAUAAGGAACUUCUUUUACUGGCAUUAUAAUUUCCCUAAUAUUGUUUAUCAAUUUGUAAUUUCUCAGCUAUUUUGUGCUGAAGUCUAACUGUGAUAUUCAAAUAAUUAUAUGAUGUAUACAUGUUUAUAUGUUAACCGUUUUGUGAUGUAGAAAACAUUCUAUGCCUGUAUCAGAUGUUAUUUGUAUCCUAAAUUUUUUUUGUCACUUGAUGUUUUAAAUGAUCAAUUUUUCUGCUGUUUUCCUUCACUUAUUCAAUACAAACUAAUUUGUGUAAAAAAAAAUUUCAUUUCUCAUUACUGUUUUAAAAAAAAAACCUUGUGUGCCUUUAAUUAAUCAUAAAAUUGAUACUUUGUUCAGCAGGUACGUGAUUUUUGCAGUGAUAUGCAGUCUUCCCAUUUGAUAUUUACAACUUCAGACUGCUGUAAACUAUACAUAAAACUGCUUCACCAUUCUCAUGUUGUUUGAUACAGUUGGCUGUGAAUAAAACUAAAAAAAAA